UCGAGUCUUGCUCAUCGCUAUCGUCAACAAAACAUAACAAAGUUGUUUUUUUUAUGAAAAUAAUAAAAUCCAAGGCUGAUCGAAACUAUGUUUUGCAAUGAGUAAGCACAACUUUGCUGGGGUUCUGAGUAAUGACGAUCCCUUGCUGAGUGACAACGACCUAGUAGAGGAGGGAAUUGAAGAACUGCAAAGCAAGCUGGAUGAAAUCCUGGACAAUCAAAACGAAAUCAUUACACUUCUUUGCCAGGUGACUCACAGCAGAAUACCCGGAGAAUUCUAUAAAACUGAGCUCGACUAUUUUCCUGUGACUGAUCCCGAAGAGCUGCCAAAAUUGGACACCAAUCUUUCCAAGCCGGGCAAUAAAUAUACUUAUCUUAUUCAAAGCAUUUUAAAACCUGAAGGUAGAAGAGAACCCUUGAAAAACAAUUUUUCUAAGAUAUUUGACUACGACAUUCUCAUGGCGUACAACUACGAUGGUGUGAGCACUAAACAGUCCUUUAAACAGUAUACAAAUAUAAACAAAACCAUUUUUGAUAUCCUUAAAACUGAUGGCUAUACACACACGGACUACGUUGCCGAUAUCAGAGCUGCUUUUCACACUUUAAAGCGUCGUUAUCACAAAAGAAAUCAUGAUUUAAGAAGAAGGAUUAAACGGACCCAAAAUGGAAAGCUGGAUUCUGACUGGGAAUAGUAGAUUAGGCGUAUGUUGAAGUAACACCGCAUUUAAUGGUUUAUAUUGGGCGUGUAAACCCUUGCAGUGCUUAUCUUAACUGAAGGAAAGAAACGUCAAAACCGGUUUUUGGGUCUCUUUAGUAAGUUCUGUUCUUUAAACUUAAAUGAGGUUAUUUUUGGAUUACAUUUAACAAAAACCAACAACUUCAGAUUUUCGAACUGUAACGUUGAUGUCCACAUUCUCUUGAAAAGAAAUCGGAUCGGAGAAUGUUCCUUCAACAUUCAACUAGUUUUAUUUAAACUUCCCCAAAAUUUAUUUUUUAAUCUUUUGAAUUCAAGUUAAACUCAUCGAGCUUUUCUUUUAACUAUGCUCAGCAUUUAACUUGGCUAAAUCUCGAAAAGGCCACUUGUCUGGUGAGAGGACUGCCAAACUGUAGCGACUUGAGCAGAAGGUCAGGAACCAGGAGCUGAUAAACCUACAAGUUGCGUUUUAUCCGCAAUAAGAAGACAGCGAAUAGUUUUGAAUUAUAGGUAUAAAAAGGUUUACCUAUCACGGAUAGUUUUUAUUUGUGAACAUGAUUUGAAGAGUUUUUAUAGCCUUAACAUUUAGCCUUAAGUUGAAGCUAUUAAAACUUCUUAUAAAAUAUUUGCUGUAAAUUUAUUUGACUCUUGUAAAUAUAUACCCGAAAAAAUAUGUUACUUUUGGUAAGCGUUUUUGAUCGACUCCUUAGAUGUACUAAGGAUGUAUGUAUACUUUGUAGUACUUUCACUAAAAUAUUAUUUUCGAAUGUUACAUUCUUUAACUGUUUGUAAGUAGAGCACACUUUAAGUGACUGAGACUUUAUUUGUUAAAUGAGAAUUGCAGUUAAUAGUUUUAAUAAUCAAUCCAGCUCUUAUAUGAACCUUAAGCAAAAUAUGUUUCAAUUAAAAACUCCCAAAUAUUUUAAUAAAAUUCUUCUUUAUA